CGAGUUGACGCCUUCGUGAUUUUGGCGAGCGUUUAUCUGUAUUUAACAUAUUUAUACAAUUAAUUUCUAAAAAUGACAGUAAGAGAAUUGUUUCAAUAUCACGUGAAUAUUACUUGGCGAGAUGGAUUGUGUGAUUUUUAACAUUUCUUAAAAAAAUAAAUGUAUGCGGCUUAUAAACACUAUCAAACAGAUAAACAAUAAUUAUUCUCGUUAAUAUUUUGUUUUAAACUUGUUUGAUAAAUUUUAUGACUGAUGACUUGGCUUCGAAAUAAAACUAUUAGUACUAUGAAUGUAAGAAGAUUAUUCAAAAGAACUAGACAAAAAGUAUUACUUUUUAUAUUGACAACAAUAUCUGGCAUACUAUUCUUGUGUACGGGCAUGGCGACAGUAUUUUUUUGGGGUCCGUCAGUCGACAUAUCAUGUUACCUUCUCUACAACAAUUAUUCUUUGCCAAUGUUAAGAGAAAAUGAAUCUUUACCAGUUAGAUCUAUAUUUUUUAUUGAACCAUCAUGUGUUAGUAAUUUGACAUCAAGACAAUCUUGUGCUAUUGAAUCAGCUGCUAAAUCGAACCCGAAUUGGCAGAUCAAUGUCAUAUUUUCAGGAAUGUCUUUUCAGACAGCACAUAAUCUCACACAGUUUAAGAAAUCGAAGAACAUAAAAUUCUGGAAAAUUAACAUCGAAGAAUUUACAAAGGAGACACUGUUUGAAGAAUUGGUAACUAGUGGUAUUUUGAAAAGAUGUCUGUGGGGCGUCGAACGGACGCAGGACGUAUUGAAAUAUUUAAUGUUACGAAAAUGGGGUGGAAUACAUAUUGACUUAGAUAUGAUUGUAGCGAGAUCUUUUGGAUCGUUAGCUAGGAAUUGGGCAACACGAGAAAAUGAGGAAGAAAUGGCUGAUGGGAUUAUUGGACUUUCCCAAGACAGAAUAGGAACACUUGUUGCUGAAUCUGCCAUACGAAAUAUCAAAUCAAAUUAUAAAAGCAGAAAUUGGUGUAAAACCCGACGUCUACAAGUAAUAAAUGGAAUUCUUCAAGGCCUAUGUUCGACGACCGAUACAAAAUUUAUGUCUUCAAUAACUUGCAAUGGUUUCGAAGUAUACGGAUCACAGUUCUUCUAUCCUAUUUUACAGAAGAGUUCCCGGGAUUUUUUUACACCCGGCGAAAUAAGAAACCAUAAUGCUUAUACUUACUACCUCGGGGGACAUGAUACUAAAGGGUACAAGGCGAAAAAAACUUCGCCUUUUACCAGAUUGGCAAAAAAAUAUUGUCCUAAAACUUAUGUCCUAUACAAAAAUCAAUUUGGCUCAUAAUAUGUAAAUGGAUUGAUAAUUUUUCUAACUAUUAUUAUAAAAUGACACUGAAUUAACGAGUUAAUAUAUAAGCUAGUACCAGAAAAGAUAUAAUCUAAGAUAAAAUGUACAUAAGCAUUUUCCUUCUGAAUAAAACAUUAA